AUGAGAAAGAGUUGGCCCGCACAACCAGGUUUGAAUCAACAGGUACUUUCUCCACAAUGAUCAGGCGGUAAAAAAAAUUAAAGCCUGGAGCGAAGUUCAUUGCAAAAUGAGUCAUGAUUUGCAUAAUAAUGGAGGCGAAACAAUGAAUGGAGUUAGUUUGAGAUAACCCUGAGCAUGCUUCAUGCAUCACUGUAACUGAACAAUUAUAUUUGUAAUUGAAGGCCGGUCCAUUCGCAUAAUGGAGCAUUAUCACAAAUUUUCUUCUACGCUUUGAAUUAACGGGGGUUUUCAGUUGUGAGCACAGCUUUUUCCGGUCGGGUUCACAACGCCAAAAUCCAUAGGCGGCCGAUCCAGAAAAGAGCGGAAAGCGAGUCGCUGUGAAAAUGCGUGAAAACAAAACGUACGGCGGCAGUGGCAAACAAAGAGUGGAAUCCGGCGGCCGCCAUCAUUGUGGGCCUGGUGAUGUUCGUGCACGCGUCGCCACUAACUUGUUUGGGAAGCGAAACCCUCGAAAUGGCCCCACUGCGCUUUAACCUCCAGUGAGAGAGGGUUUUCACAAUUCACGCGCGGUAAAAAGGGCACAAAAUAUGAAGAAGUGCAAAGCGAUAGUGGACGCCGCCGGCGAAGCCUCUGCAGGUGGUCAGAAGGGGUUUUUCGGUUUUCUGGAGAUUUAUUUUGUUCUGAUUGUGAUUUGGUUUGGCAGAGGCAUGGUCAUGGCUGUGGAGAGUAGUACUACUGUGCAGAAAAGCAUCGAUUUGCGGGCCCUGCGGAGGCCGCUGGUGAGGUCUUGUAGUGCAAAGGUGGUAUGCAUGGAGCCCCUGCUGGAAGGGCCUUCUCACGAUCUCUGCGAUCCUCUUUCCAACGAGGCGACAAAGGAGAGCCGCUGGAAGCUUGGCAGAAAUUGGAUUCCGCGGAGGCGUCAAAAUUGUAGCGAUUUGAAGCUUUUGCUUGGCGUUUUCGGUUGCCCUCUCGCGCCUGUUGCUGUCCUCUCCGCUCAUCCGCCUCUUCCAAUUUCGCUCCAAAAUGUGCCGAUUGAAACAUCCUCAGCUCAGUACAUUGUUCAACAAUACAUUGCUGCAACAGGUUGCGCAAAUAUCCAUUCUUCAGUGAAGAGCUCAUACACUAUGGGAAAGUUGAAAAUGCUGGCCACAGAAUAUGAAACCGCCACAAAGCUUUCUAAAAAUGUAUCCAAGUGUGCUGAAAGUGGAUGCUUUGUCUUGUGGCAAUUGACACCAGACAUGUGGUUGAUGGAGCUUGUGGUAGGGUCAAAUAAGAUUCAUGCUGGAAGUAAUGGCAACAUUGUCUGGCGACAGACUCCAUGGUUAGGAUCUCAUGCAGCAAAAGGUCCUGCGCGCCCUCUACGUCGUGCCAUACAGGGUUUAGAUCCUAGAACAACAGCAAGCAUGUUCCUCAAUGCGCGUUGUGUAGGGGAGAAAAGAAUUGGAGAGGAAGAGUGCUUUACCUUGAAGCUUGUAGCCAGUCCUUCAGUUUUAGCAGAACGUAGCGAUGGGCCUGCAGAGAUCAUCAGACAUGUUCUCUUUGGUUAUUUCAGUCAAAGAAGUGGUCUUCUUGUAUGCAUGGAGGAUUCUCACCUUACUCGAAUUGAAUCUACUGGAGGGGAUUCUGUAUAUUGGGAAACCACCACGGAAACAACAAUUCAUGACUACAAGCGUGUGGAUGGCGUGAUGAUUGCUCACGCAGGUCGAUCUGUAGUAACGGUUUUUACAUUUGGAGCUCAGAUUGGAAUGACCUAUGCCAAGACACGGAUGGAAGAAACAUGGGUGAUAGAGGAAAUUGUUUUUAAUGUUCCUGGUCUUUCCAUGGACUGCUUCAUUCCACCAGCUGAUGUCAAAAAGGGAUCAGAUAUUGAGGAUCCCGGAGAGCUGAAACUAGAUAAAUUUGGAAAUGGAAAUGCUUGGCAGACUUGUUUAAAGCAACUAAAAUAAUAAUUUCCCUGUCCGGAGGUUUUCUGGAAUUUGCAAUGAUGGUUUCCUCAUGCUGUAAAAGUACAUAUAUAACUCAUCAUCAUUUGUAGCAAAGAAGCUCGCGUUGUAGCAGCUUUUCUGGUUAUGGAAUUCAAACAGGUUUUUGAUGAACCUUUCAGGUAACCAGAUCAACUACAGGCUGGCCUUCAUAGUGACUCGUCAAUGGCUUUUACCUUACAACUAAAUACCUCAGCCUUAUAGUUUUUUUUGGUUUAGGGAUAGGGGUAUAAGAACUGUUUCCAAGGAAUAUACGUUUUGACUGUCCCCCCACCAAAAAAUUACACGAGGAAUUUGCCCAUUAUGGCUUAUCCACCAUCCACCAGUCCCCCAAACAAUAGUUCAAUUAAUGGGCUAUGUAAGAUCAAUGUUUUUUAAAUUGAAAAUAGGUGCAAAUUACAAGAAUAGUAUAAUUAAUGAGUUAUGUAAGAUUGAUGUUAUAUUA